AUGUUUGGUAUUGAUGAGUCUAUAGUAAUUCACAAUAUCAUUUUACAUUCCAAUGAUAAGCCUGUUAAGAAAAAGAUUCGUAAAAUUAAUCCCAAGGCUUAUUUAUUAGUCAAGACUGAGAUAAAGAAGCUCUUGAAAGUUAUCUUUAUUCGGCUUAUUGAUUACUCUCCUUGGAUAUCAAAUAUUGUUCUUGUCAUUAAACUUGAUGGUCACAUUCAUGUUUGUAUUAAUUUUCAUGAUCUCAAUAAGGCUUCUCUUAAGGAUGAUUUUCCUCUUCUAAAUAUUGAUUCAAUAGUUGAUUCAAUUGCAGGUUAUGAGGAUAUUGUAGAUGCAGGGGUAUUGCCCCAGUACAGGGAUUGGUUUCAGAGUAAUCCCUUUCCUAGAUUUAUGGAUCUGGCUGAGCAUGCACCUCUCAUAGAGGAGGCUAAGGAUGAGGCUGCACAGGCACAAGUAUAG